AGUGGUCAAAUCACAUUAUAACAUGCUGAGGCAGAUCAACUCAGCACAGCAGCAGCAGUAGUAGUUCACAACUGUCUGUCAUGAGUGACUCCGACAAACACCGAUAAUCAAUGAGCUCGGCGAUCCACUAUCCAACCUGCGCGCCUGUUCCCGGCAGUCCUUGCGCUACGGCAGAGCGAGAGACAGACUUGCCAGUCAUUCCCGGACCGGAAGCGGAAACUGGCUCUGCGGGCACCGGGUACUACUCAGCAUGAAGGAGGCUACGGCAAAACGGCGAGAACCGGUGGAUGUAGAGAUGAAGGAAGAGGAGCCCGCGGCGGCGACCACCGCUGAGGGGGGAAAAAAGGAACUGGAUAGCGUUACUCUGGAGGACAUUAAGGAGCACGUGAAACAGAUUGAGAAGGCAGUUUCUGGCAAGGAGCCUCGAUUUGUUCUACGCGCAUUACGAGCUUUGCCCUCCACUUCCCGUCGUCUUAACCCCAAUGUCCUCCAUAAAGCCAUUAAUGGAUUCUUCACCUCCAAUCCUGCUACCCGUGACAUGCUUAUCGGCUACCUGGAGGAGCUGAUGGACACAGAGGGUGAUUUGCAGUUCAGGCCACGAACUGGCAAGGCUGCCUCAGCUCCUCUGCUCCCCGAGGUAGAAGCCUACCUGCAGCUACUGCUGGUGAUUUACCUGAUGAACAGCAAGCGUUACACUGAGGCUCAGAAAGUGUCCGAUGACUUGAUGCAGAAGAUCAGCCCACAGAACCGGCGAGCUUUGGAUUUGAUAGUGGCUAAGUGCUACUACUACCACUCUCGUAUCUAUGAAUUCCUUAACAAGCUGGAUGGUGUCAGAAGCUUCCUGCAUGCGAGAUUACGCACGGCCACCCUCAGGCAUGAUGCUGAUGGACAGGCCACAUUACUGAACUUGCUGCUCAGAAACUACUUACAGUUCAACCUUUAUGACCAGGCCGAAAAACUUGUGUCAAAGUCUGUAUUCCCAGAGCUGGCAAACAACAAUGAGUGGGCCCGGUAUUUGUAUUAUACAGGCCGGAUUAAAGCCAUUCAGUUGGAAUAUUCUGAAGCCAGAAGAACCUUGACAAAUGCCCUGAGGAAGGCUCCCCAGCACACAGCCGUCGGCUUCAAGCAGACAGUCCACAAGCUGCUGAUUGUGGUGGAACUGUUGUUAGGAGAAAUCCCAGAUCGUCUUCAGUUUCGACAGCACUCGUUAAAGAGGUCUCUUAUGCCUUAUUUCCUGCUUACUCAAGCUGUACGCACGGGCAAUUUAUCCAAAUUCAAUCAGGUACUAGAUCAGUUCUGCGAGAAGUUCCAGACAGACGGAACCUACACACUUAUCAUCCGCCUGAGACAUAAUGUCAUUAAGACAGGUGUGCGCAUGAUCAGUUUAUCAUACUCAAGGAUCUCUUUGCCAGACAUUGCUCAGAAAUUACAGCUGGACAGUCCUGAGGAUGCAGAGUUCAUAGUUGCUAAAGCAAUCCGAGAUGGAGUAAUUGAGGCCAGUAUUAACCACGAGAAAGGCUAUGUCCAGUCUAAGGAGAUGACUGAUAUAUACUCUACAAGAGAGCCCCAGCUGGCCUUCCACCAGCGUAUUUCUUUCUGUCUAGAUAUACACAAUAUGUCCGUUAAGGCUAUGCGCUUCCCUCCCAAAUCCUACAACAAAGACUUGGAAUCUGCAGAGGAGAGGCGUGAGAGAGAGCAGCAGGAUUUAGAAUUUGCUAAAGAAAUGGCUGAAGAUGAUGAUGAUGGAUUCCCAUGACCCUUACUUUAACUAUGCUUCACAUUUAUGUUUUGUUUAUAUCAGGGUUUUAUCCGGUUUUGGUUUCAUACCUACAUGUGCAACUACUCCCUCCCUACCCAAUAAGCAUUUUAUAAACAGCCAGAAGUGCAUGUCCGUUCAAUGGAGAAUUGGUAGGUUUCUCAUAUACACUGUGACGGAACAAAGCCACCAUUUCCUCCAUUAUAAUGUAUUUAUGGACUCAAUCCAACUAGCACCCACUAUUGGGCCUAAAACUUUGGGUUUUUUCCUCACCUUAGCCCCUUCAUUUAGCCUACACCUGAUGUCAUUCUCUUUGUGUUCAGUUUAUCUACACAAGGAAGGACAUGGACAAUUUUUUGCCAGUCAAUUUAAUAUCCCCACUUCUACCAUUAUAUUGAUAAAAUUAUAUGUGAUUUCAAAUGACCAGGUGUUAUUAACGUAUAAACAGGAUCUUGUACAUCUAAUUUUUUAUUUUAAUGCACAGGACUGUAACAUGAUGACACUCAUUAAGUUUUUGUUUUGCUCUUUAGUAAUUCAUUAAAGGCUGUUUCUAACCAAA